GUACCCUGGCUGUAUCCCUGCAGUGUGAGCGUACCCCAGCUGUGUGGCAGUAUCAUGGUGAUGUGACUGUACCCCUGCAGUGUGGCUGUAACUUUCCAUACUCCUCAUUAUGGCUCUACCUGGCUGUGUCACCCUGCUGUACCCCUGAAGUGUCAUUGUACCCCACUGUACCCCAGCAGUGUGGCUGUACCCCAGCUGUUCCCUGACUGUGUGACUGUACCCUGGCAGUGCCCCUGCCUGGGCAGCUGUGUCCCAUCGGUGUUCCUGUAUUCCGGUGGCUCUCCCAGGAGCCUUUACCCUGUGGCUGCAGCUGUACCCUGGUGACACCCGGCUCUGUGCACCCAAAGCAGGCAGGGAGACAGUACCGUGCCCCGUGCCCCGGGCUGUGCGCAUCCCUCUGCUGUUCCUGCAUCCCAGCAGAGUGACCGUACGCUGAGAAGAGUACCUGUACCCUGGCCUAAUGCCUACAGCACAAAAGCUCCCCGGCACCGUACUCCGGUGAUGCCCUCAGCCCGGCUGUGCCCUGGCAGUGUCCCCCUGUACCCGUGCAGACCUCCAGCGUGCCUGUUCACCUGUGGAGCGCCUGUACCGUGUCCCAGUGCCUGCAGCCACCUCUGACUGGUCUUGUCCCCGACCCCAAGAAGAAGGAAGCGACUCCGGCUGUCAGUGGCGCGCUUCAGCCGUGACAUGCUGUGACAUGGGGAAGUGAUGCUUGUACAGACAGUCCAGGGGACAAACCCUCAGCCCGGAGCACGCCCUUCCUGAGCGCCGCCUGUUCUCUCGGCCAGUUCCUCACCCUUAGACGGAGCAGGCUGUUGUCUCCUGAGGGCGUUGGUACUGGGAACCGCUGAACACCCUUGUGGUGAAGUGCAGGGACGGUGUCAGGCAGCACGGCUGCUUUUCUGGGCUUUUUCCUAUUGUCACCAUCCCCUCAGCAGGCAGACAACAGCACGGUCCACGGGUGCAGGGUCUUGGUCUGCAGCAGUGGUGGCCUGCCCUGCCAGCUGCUUGCGGCUGCUCCGGGUCCGGCCGUGCAGCUGAUAUCUGCUCAGCAUUGCACCAGUCCCUCGAAGUGUGUUGGGCGGACACCUCCCCUUCACGGGCAGCACCUGCGGAGUAAAAGGACCCACCUGAAUGCUCCUUCUCUACUGGGAAAAGGAGACCCAGAAACCCUAGUGCUGGGGCCGUGGGGAACACUUGGAGCGGGGGGCAUCAGCUUCCAGCCAUCUGGACAUGGCCAGGUGGAGAGGGGGGCUGCUCCUGCUGCUGCUGAGCCUCGCCGUCCUCGCCGUGCUGCACCUCACGCUGGGGACCACCACCAUUGAUGUGACAGCGACUGUGUCCCUGACUCACCCUACCUCCUCAACACCCAAGGAAACCUCAGCACUGCUGCCCAACAGUGCCUCCACCACUGCAGUCACCAUCCCUCCCUCCAACCCUGAAAGAGGAGCCUCCACCCUGGAGAGAUCCAGCACAGCCCUGUGGACCAGCAGUGCCUCUUCUCCCACCAUGCUUCCUCCCACUGCACCAGCACAGACAGACACAUCGUCUGAGCCCUUGACAACUCUGUUAGAUACCACGUCUGACCCCAAUACCAUCACAGGCAUUCCUGGGACCACCCCUGAUCACACCCAGCCAGUGGGGACCACAGCCAGGACCACCCCUGGCAUCUCCACCCUGACCAAGAAGUCAAACUCAAGCACCUUGACAGCACUUGAGACCUCCAGUGCAGCCACAAGCACAGAGCCCUCUUCCCCUGCCACUGACUCAACUCAGAUCACGGAGGUUACUCCCAGCACCCCUGCAGACCUGUCAACGAUGCCACCAGUCUGUCCCAAUCCCACAUCCAACACCAGUGCAUCUCUCUUUCUGUCACUGCAGCUAACCAUUCCCCUGGACCUGGGGAACACCACGGUGCAGGAGAUGGUGUUGUCCAAGCUCCGUGUGGAUCUCCAGACGCUGUUCCCAUGUGCUGGCCUGGCAGUGGGGUGGCGAGGGAAGAGGAGGACCUGACUGCUGCUCCUCAUCUGGCCGGGACCUGCAGGGCUGGCACCCGUGUGAACUGGCAAGCUUUCUGCUCCCAGCUCCUUAUUCCACAGCUGUGCAACCUUUUGGGGUAAUCUGUACAGCUCCCCUUGAACCUGGGAACCCCCAUCCUUCACUGUACACACCUAGAGGACCUCCAGUCCCCCAGUGGACUGGGAAGACCCUUCCCCUUGCCACCGCCUGUCUGUAGAGCCUGAGCCUUGCCACCACCCUGCACCAGACCUGGCUCCUGUGAUGGAACCUUCGUGCCAGCACUGCCAGGAGGCUGGGAGGAGGGGAACCUGCGGCUCUGGGGUUGAGCUGGCUCAGGUAUUAAAGCCAAAUUGGCGACCGAUGGAUGAGACAAAGAAGACUUGAAACUCCCGGUACCAUUGUGCCCAAGGCCCUCAGGAGCUUGGUGAUGGUGACCUCAGGAUCUGCAACCCUGAGGUCUUUGGGAGAUGGGCCAGGGCCAAUUUUAUCCAGAGCGGGCCAGGAGGGAGCCAGGGGUGGCUCUGGGACGGAGGCAGGAGAGGAAAAGAGCCCCCCCUGUCCCACUCGAGUUCUGUCCUGGGACCAGCCCGGCUCCUGAGCCCUGCAACGCAGGGGGCGAGUGAAGCCAGAGCCCCGCGCUGGCUCUCCCUGCCGUUCCUGCAAUAUCAUUGAUGGAGAAGCACGCCCAUGCCAACAUGGGCUGCGCAGCAAACGGAAAUCUCACGUUUUUCAUAGCAAAGGUAAAAACCUCAUUUCUUUCCAAGCUGCCUUUUCCAAUUUUUGGCUUCGCAAAGAAAACCAACUGAGUCUCAAAAGCUUCGCAGCAGAGAUGGGCUCAGGGCUGUCCCCUCCUGGCAGGGACACCACAGACAUUCCUGAGGAUGGCUCGGAACCCCGACAGGCUGGGGGUCCCUGCUUUGGUCCUCUCCACCUUGUGACACCCCGCAGCUGCUGGCGCAGCUGUGCGCACCGUGGGACCGUGGAAAUCCCGUGGGCUGUACUCCUUCCCUGUUUUUUUCCAGUCCCAAGCUAAGCAGACAGCCACAGCGUCUGUCCCCCUGCAGCAAAGUCAUUUAUUAACUGAUUAAUUACCCAGAUAAAAUCCAACUGAAGCAAUUAUUAGCCUAAGCAAGUCACCUCGCCGGGAGAUUGAAAACUGAAAUAAUUAGCAAAAUAGCAA